UCGUUGCUCAUUCUCCAUUGGCUCUCCCCGCUGCUUCUGCGCUCAGCGCUCACGCCGGACCAUCCUUCACAGAAAAGUGUAUCCUACCCACGCUGCCUGGAACCGGACUGGGCUUUCCACGUUGCUUUGAAAAUAUAAAAAAGAUGGAGAAAAAGAGCGAGAUAAAUGGACACGCCAUGUCCGGCUCAGCGUCCACCGACCAGAUUCUAGAGAAGAGCGCGCAGAAGAGCCUCGGAGAAAAGCUGAUGGAGUUUCUGAGAAAGAACCUACUGGUGAUCUUGACGGUGUCCGGCGUGCUGGUGGGCGUCGGGCUCGGGAUGAUGGUCCGCAGCAUGAACCUGACCAAAGCGCAGAUGACCUACUUCGCCUUCCCCGGAGAGAUGCUCCUCCGGAUGCUGAAAAUGAUCAUUUUGCCCCUGGUCGUCUGCAGCCUCAUAUCCGGCGCCGCCAGCCUGGACACCCGCUCCCUGGGCAAGCUGGGGGGCAUCGCAGUCGCCUACUUUCUGGUGACCACGCUGAUCGCCUCGGGGAUCGGGGUAGCCCUGGCUUUCAUCAUCAAACCCGGAGUGGGUGCAGGAGCUCUGAACACCAACAACCUGGGACUGGAAAGCGUCAGCAGCAACAAGGAGACCACCGAUUCCUUUUUAGACCUGGCCAGGAAUUUGUUUCCAGCAAACUUGGUGGCCGCUGCUUUCCGUUCUUAUGCCACAGACUACAAGAUGAUUGCUGUAGGGAAUGACUCCAAUGGGACGACUCUCUAUCAAAAGGUCCCUUAUGGUACAGAAACAGAUGGCAUGAACAUUCUGGGUCUGGUGCUAUUUGCCAUGGUGUUUGGUGUGGCGCUGAGGAAACUGGGUGACGAGGGAGAGGAACUCAUCCGUUUCUUCAAUGCAUUCAACGAGGCCACUAUGGUGCUGGUUUCCUGGAUCAUGUGGUAUAUCCCCUUUGGUAUCAUGUUCCUAGUGGGCAGUAAAAUUGUGGAGAUGGAAGAUGUGGUCCUUCUGGUCACCAGCCUUGGAAAAUACAUCUUUGCUUCGAUUCUGGGCCACGUUAUCCACGGAGGCAUCAUCCUGCCCCUCAUCUACUUUGGUUUAACUCGCAAGAACCCCUUCAGUUUCCUGUCAGGCCUCAUCACACCCUUCACCACUGCCUUUGCCACCUGCUCCAGUUCUGCAACUCUACCCUCUAUGAUAAAGUGUGUGGAGGAGAACAAUGGUGUGGACAAGCGCAUCAGCCGCUUCAUUCUGCCCAUUGGGGCCACGGUUAACAUGGAUGGCGCUGCCAUCUUCCAGUGCAUCGCCGCCGUCUUCAUCGCUCAGCUCAACAACACUGAGCUGAACGCUGGACAGAUCUUCACUAUCCUGGUGACAGCCACAGCCUCCAGCGUCGGCGCGGCAGGCAUUCCAGCCGGUGGCAUCAUCACCAUCGCCAUCAUCCUGGAGGCCAUCGGCCUGCCGACCAAUGACCUGUCCCUCAUGCUAGCUGUUGACUGGAUUGUGGAUCGUACCACUACCGUAGUGAAUGUGGAGGGUGACGCUCUUGGCGCAGGAAUCCUCCACCAUAUAAACCAACUGGAGAUGAAGAAGCAGCAGCAGGAGGGGGAGCUGGUAGAAGUCCAGGUGGAGGCGGUGGCCAACACCCAGGCGGAGGAGGAGACAUCUCCAUUGGUCACGCAUCAAACCAAAGCCUUAGAAGCCAUGCCGGAAGCCAUCGAGUCAGUGCUGUGAUCUCAGCCAGACUUUAACCUUUCUUGACCUUUUACCUUUGACAUCUCUGACAUUGCUGCUGAUGGGGAAUCAUUCUGAUUCAGUCUCCAUAAACAAGUCACUGAUUUCAGUUGUGAAGAAAAUGCCUUCUAGUGUCUUGUAGAGCGUAGACAGUCCACAUAGUGCCACACUUGCUUUUGAAAUUGGGUUUCCAUUCGAGUAUCUAUCGAGUAUGCAAAUUUGAAUGUACAGAAAAUUUAAGUAUAAUUUACGUUGAAAUUAUUUUCCUAAUUGAGUCAGUUUUUUUUUUUUGUAUUUUACAUUUUAUUUAUUAAAGCAUUUUGAAAUAAACAUUGAUGGAAACAUACCAACGAUAAAAUCGGCCUACAACAUUCCCAUAAACGUCACAGGUGUGCUCAUCUCAUGUCCUACAUGAGACAGUCACUGCCUCGCUAGCUUCGUAUUACAGAACACAAUGAAGUGCAUUUAUUUCUUUUUUUUUAUCUUCAGGCCAACUAUAACUAAAGAGGACUAACAACUCACCAGAUGCUGACAAGUCAGAGUGUCUAACCAAUCUUGACCAUGUCUGUCACUGCUUAAGUACUCGUCUGAUCACUUCAUCUCAGCUGGUGGAAGUGUGCGUGUUUGCAUUUGACUUAUUCUGUUAAUUUGCCGUUCUUUACUUGGAUAGCUGGAUGAAAAUAAUGCAUUUUUGUAUUAAAAGUGUCAAAUUAGGUUAAAGUGGGAACUGUUUGGUCCUAAGUUUAAGAGUACUCUUUGUCCAGAGAGACAUUUACAAGGUGUGUUGAGACUUUUACCUGCUGAAUACCAACAGACAAUGUCAAACAUUAACUUUUCAAAUUACAGGUCAACACCCCCCACCCACAAACGUCAUGCAACCUAUCAGUAAAAUAUUGACCUAAAGUAAUUUGGACACUGGACUAAUGUAUGACUUAUUCUCCUAAAAAAAACUAUUUAUCUCUGAGUAAAUUCUUCCCAUCUCUAAAACCACAAAGAAAGUGCCAGCUGCACAUGAUUUUCCAGCUGAUAUUAUAAUUUUACAAGCAAGCUCCAACAAUUUUGUAAUGACAGCAGCGUUAGGUUAAGGCAGCAUGUGCUGGCACAUUUCUUAGCUUUUUGUGACAGAGUACUUUCAAAUGCUGUUUGACGCUUAGCUACAUUGUUUGAUGUUAGCUAUUUUAUUUAUUAAAAAAAAUAAAAUAAAAAUAGCUAGGAGCUUUAUAGUUAUGCUACCAAGGAGUCUGAACAGUAGCUUGUUAGGUUUCCAGAUUGUCUGCUUGCCAGCUAAAGCUAAGCUAACAGCAAGCUAUGCUAGAAUGUUUUUAACUUAUCUUUGCUUAGCUAAAGAGGUGUGUAGACUAAGCCCAGGGAAGAUAACUGUGGAUAACUAAACUGAUCUACUAAUGAUACAGAUAUAAAAUGUUUCAAAGGUGUUCACAUUCCAGCUUCAUUUUCUUAUUCUGAGACUCUAAAACAGGCUUGGAUGAUUUACAGUCCACAAAUUCCUCAUUUAUCUUAUAUUAGCCCGUUCUGUAGCACCUCAGCUCAUACUUUAUCUGAAAUAAGCCAUUUUACUGUCUCUUUCAGACCCCCAUCCUUAAAAGCCCCCUUUGUUCUGAUUGGCUAUAUUCCAGAAGCCUGCAGAGGGGAAGCAUACCAUGCUUGUGAGUAGGGCUGCAACGAUUCAUCGAUUAACUCGAUUAAAUCGAUUCUAAAAAUUUAUCGACACAAAUUUACUGUGUCGAUGCUUCGUUUAAACUCUGCAGCGCUCA